CAUUGAUCGUUUUAUACAUGUUAGAAUAGCUUAUGUGAAGGUACUUAGGGUAAUAUACAGAAAGGAUACGUACAUAUUGACACACAGUCGUCAUGGAUAAAAUUUACAUCUCUCAAACCAUUUUAAUACUGUUCCUAGGAUCAGUAACUUCAUCGAGCUUUGAAGGUAAUGAAGCAGAUAACCUACCCACAUACGCAGUCCCUUCGCACUAUUCCCUUUACCUGACACUAGACCCUGAAGAUACUACGUACAACGGUUCCGUCCAAAUAGAUUUCUCGGCUAGAACUACUGUAAAUGACGUCAUAAAACUCCACGCCUCGCCAAAAACUAUAAAGAUACAUUCUACGCUAUUGAACUACAACCAUAGUUGUACAGUAACAAGCCAGGAUAACGACACGGAGAUCGUGAUCCUUACGUGCCCAACCAAAUCAUUUCGGGUACAGAAUACUUUAGUAAUUCGUUUCCAAGGUAAGGUUAUUACGGAGGACCAGGUAGGUUUGUUCAGGACGACGUACAAAGAAGACGGAGAUGAGCACGUUAUGCUGUCAACAGAGUUUGAGCCAGUAGAUGCUAGACAGGCUUUUCCUUGUUUCGAUGAACCAAAAUGGAAAACAACCUUCGAUAUUUUCAUCACUCAUCCGAAAAAGUAUAUUGCUCUCGCCAAUACUCCGGUGAAAAUGCAUUUUCCCAUAGCUCCCGAUCGGAUUCAAACGCAAUUUCAGACUACACCUUUGAUGUCUGUAUACCUACUAGCCUUCGCUGUUUCAAAGUUUGUGUCGAGCUCCGAUAAUGGGACAAGAGGGUAUGAUUAUCGCGUAUUCACUAGACCAGGUGCAAAAGAUUUUAUAUCUGUAGCUGUGACUUAUGGCCCUAUUUUGAUUAAUCUUCUGGGCAACUGGACAGGCAUUGCUUAUAAAGAUCUUGGAGAUACUCAAGCGUACCAAAUUGCCAUUCCGAAUGUCGACGAUGGAGCUAUGGAAAAUUGGGGUCUGAUCACUUACGGAGAAGUGGAUUUGUUGGAUGAAAAGGAAAUUACCUCCAAUUCCGCUAAACAGGACAUCAUAGCGAUUAUAGCUCACGAGUUAGCUCAUCAAUGGUUCGGGAACUACGUUACUAUGAAUUGGUGGUCGAAUAUUUGGUUGAAUGAGGGGUAUGCUACCUAUUUUCAGCACUACAUAGUGGACCAGCUUGAAGACGACUUGGAGAUGAUGAAGCAGUUUGUCGUCAACAUAAUUCAACCUGUCCUGGAAGUAGAUGCAGUGUCUGAAUCUUUGCCGCUUUCUAGUGAUGUGAACAAUAGAGCAGACAGCGAAGACAAAUUUGAUGAUAUAAGCUAUUCGAAGGGAGCAAGCAUAAUACGGAUGCUAAGGAAUGUUAUUGGAGAAGCUGCUUUCAGAGAAGGAAUUCGAUCAUACUUGUCAACAUAUAAAUACAACAACACCCACCCAUCUGUUCUAUUAAAUUCUUUCAAAACAGAGACGCCCUUAGGCUUGGACAAAAUCAUGUACAACUGGAUAUACAAGGCUGGAUUUCCAUUAGUUACAGCGAGACUAAAUGGAUCUACAGUGACUCUUACCCAAGAAAGAUUUGAUAGUUCUGAGUCGACGCAGUGGUAUAUUCCCAUUACUUACACAACUAAAACUGAGAGCAACUUCAAUGACAACGUUAAGGGUUGGCUAGUCCCUAAUUCUACGUUGGAUAUUGAGUUGGAAGAUGGAUCAUGGAUAAUAUUGAACAUGCAACAAACUGGAUACUAUAGAGUCAACUACGACGAUAUAUUGUGGCAACGGAUCAUAGAAGCCCUCAAAAACGAUAGAAAUAGUAUUAACGUUAUAAAUAGAUCCCAAUUAGUUAAUGACGUCUUCAAUAUUGCUAGAGCCGGAGGUGUUAGUUAUAGAACAGCUUUCCAUUUGGCUGAAUAUUUAAGGUAUGAGACCGAAUACUAUCCCUGGGUUUCUGCAUUUAAUGCUAUCUCUUUCAUAUCUGGAAAACUUGCCGAUAAUAAAGCUGAAAGAUUACUGCAGUUUCGAAUUCUGUACUGGUUAAACAAAGCAUUUCCCCCAAACAACCCAAAUACCGGAACAAGUCAUGUCGACAAACUUAAAGAAGUUCUUGUUUUGGAUUGGGCCUGCAAACUUGGACAAGAGCAGUGCAUAGCAUAUGCUAAUGAAACGUUCCAGAAAUAUAAGACUAGUUAUAGCCUCCCUGACAACAACAAAAGGGAAGUGGUAUUUUGCUAUGGAUUGCGGAACAGCUCACAUCCAGCUGAUGAUUACAAUUUUCUAUUUAAACUUUACAAAAAUUCUACAUCGCCUCAGCAAAAAAUUGAUAUAUUAUCUUCUCUGGGAUGCACGACAAAUACCGACCUACUUUCCAAAUACUUGACUGAAACUAUUAAGAAAAACUCACCCAUAAGAAAGCAAGACGCCAUCUCGGUAUUCGAGACCGUUUACACAAAAAGCGAUGUUGGAGUAAAUGUAUCCUUGACUUUUCUAGAAAAUAAUUUGAAAAACAUUACUGCCAGGUUCCAAGGAACGGACACCCUACCAACUGUAUUACUCGGAUUAGCUGACAGAGCUAAGACAGAUACUCAGAUUAAACGGAUUGCGCAGAUUUUUAAAAACUGCCGCAACAUAGGAAACGUCAAAAACAUUCGUGAAGAUUUUGUCUCCAUUAUGGUCACCAAUAGAUUAUGGAAAAAUAAGUACGCCACUGAAGUCAAGACAAUUUUACAGGAACCCAUUGUAGACACAGGAAAUAUUGUUAAACCAUCAAAUUUGUUUAUAUCUGCAAAAUCUGUUUAAUUUUUAAAUACAAGAAUAUUAAACAAGAUCGUAUGAUCUAUUACCUUAAAUUUUAUUUAGAACUGUUGUAGGAGUAAACUAUAUUCUAAUAAUAAAUAAUUGUAUAAACCUUCUAUUAGGUGAG